AUGUAUAUAGCAGGGGUACCUGUGUACCUGUGUGUGCCGGUGGUUGUGUUGGCUGGUUCUGCCGCAGCGCUUUUACAAAUUAAACAGCCACCUGUUCAGGAUCAGCAGGCAGGUGAACUGCUGCCGAUCUGGAAAGUGGAGAAGGAUUGCAUAUUGUCAAAGAAUGGUGAUGUGACCAUUGCCUACAAGCUUGCUUUGCCGGAAAUAUUUUCUUUGUCCACGCAGGAAUACGAAGCCUUGCAUCAUACCUGGCUUAAAGCGAUCAAAGUGCUUCCGGCAGGUUGUAUCCUGCAUAAGCAGGACUGGUUUCUUCAAUCCAGAUACCAGGCGGAAUUUAAGCAUGACCACAGUAACACCCUGGCAGGCGCUUCUGAGCGUCACUUUAAUGAGCGGCCUUUCCUGGAACAUGAAUGCCUGUUGAUGUUGACCAUAAAGCCAGCAGCCCGUAAGGUCAGCAGUUCCGCAUAUACCAACCUGCUGCGCAGGCAUAUUACGCCUGUUGACAGUAUAGACAGCAAAAUUGUUCAGUCGCUGCUGGAUGCUGCCGGGCAGUUCGUGCGUAUCCUCUCAGAUAGCGGGAGCCUUAGUCUUGAACGGUUAGAUGCUGAUGCUUUAUGUGGUACUUCAGGUAAUCCAGGCUGGAUAGAGCGCUACCUCUUUCUCACCGGUGGCAAAGCUAGUCCUGUGUUAAAAGAUAUUGUCUUUAAACCGGAAUGGAAAAUCGGUGAAAAUUUCUGCCAGUUGUAUUCCCUGUCCGAUACUGAAUACAUGCCGGAAACCUGUAGCCCCCGUGUGAACUACGAUAAGUAUUCAACCGAUAAGACCAAAUUUUCUGUUGGGUUUGCAACACCGUUAGGACAGCUUCUACCGGUGAACCAUAUUUACAACCAAUACCUGAUCAUUGGAGAUACCAACAAAACAUUAAGACGACUGGAAGCGCGU